UUUAAGGCGGUUGGUGGAGUGACUUGACCGCUUGUUUGCCGCCUGCGCGUUUUUUUCGAGGAUUUUCGCGCUUCGUUUGCACUAGUUAAUGAUAAAAUUAUAUUAACAUUCCAAUAUGGGUGCGUACUUAUCUGAACCUGUUACUGAAAAAGUGUCAAGCGAUGAAAAAAAUGAUAUUCUCGAGUGCGGUGCUAGCUCCAUGCAGGGAUGGCGUGUCAAUCAAGAGGAUGCUCACAAUACAAUUUUGGAUUUUGAUGAGAAAACAUCCUUUUUCGCUGUUUACGACGGUCACGGUGGCGCAGAAGUGGCCACAUACUGUUCUCAAAAGCUUCCAGACUACAUAAAAAACACGGAGGCAUAUAAAAAAGGGGAAAUGAUAAAGGCACUGGAAGAUGCAUUUUUAGAAUUUGAUGCUACUAUUGCUACCAAAGAAGUCAUGGACAUACUUAAAGAGCUUGCAGGUGAAAUAAACCCUCCAGGACCAAGUGAUAAUGAAGAAUCUGAAGAUGAGAAUGUCAGUAAUUUGUAUCAAGAGGCACGCCUUCCUUUACAGGAAGUAUUGGCAAAAUAUGAAAAUAAGCUGAGCACUUUACACCGCAACAGGCUUGGAGACACAGCUACUCCACUGUCGCCAUGUUUACGUGCCAAGAAAAAUGCAGAAGAAGCUGGUGGUUCAGGUAUUUGCAGUGUACUAGGAUCAGGUGCAGGCGCAUCCAGUUCCAACGCGGGCUCAUCAUUUGCGGCGGGAUCUAGCUCUGAACAAGGCGAAGGUGCUUCGUCCACUGAAAAUGGCGUUGCACAAGAGAAAAACACUGAUGAGGAUAUGGGUGGUGUAUCCUCCACAAACUACAAUGAGGAGGACAAGGACACGAAUGGAGAGGUAUCUACCAGUGAACCAAAGAACAAAGAUGCAACAAAAACAGUUGAUAAGUCCAACUCAACCGCCCCUGACAGUUCCGGAGACAAUUGCCAUCAACCACCGGAACAGAGUGCCGAUGCUAAAAACACAGCUACAGCCAACGGUCCAGACGUUUGCAAUGGAGAGGUUACAGACUCCAAAGAAACCGAUAAAGAAGAAAAUAAUAUCACAUCCUCCAAUGGAUCCGCAACACCAGUCAAAGGGAAAGGAAAAGUAUCGAGUUCUGAGAAAGCUCCAGAGCGACCUAAAAAGGCGAAGCUUCGUCGUGCAGCUGCCGCCGUUUACGAAACGUUACUUCGCCACGCCGCCGACGAUGACGACGAGAGCGACUCCAACGACGAGACCUUCGAGGGCGGCGAGAUCAACUCCUCCGACGAGGAGAACGUCAACGGUUUAGCGGAGUCCUCGGAUGAUGGUGAAGCUGAAGAGGAAGAAGAGGAGGAAGAUUAUGAGGCAGAAUCCAGUGAGGAUGAUGGCGAAGAAGACAUUCUGUCCGAAGAGCCUGGGAGUGACAGUGGCUGCACAGCUGUUGUGGCACUUCUCAAAGGCAAUGAGCUAUUUGUGGCAAAUGCUGGGGACUCUCGAUGUAUUAUUUGUAGAGAGGGUAAAGCCAUCGACAUGUCAGUGGACCACAAACCAGAGGAUACUCCAGAACUCGAGAGAAUCACCAAAGCUGGUGGCAAAGUUUCCAACGAUGGACGGAUCAACGGUGGCCUCAAUUUGUCACGUGCCAUUGGUGAUCAUUCUUACAAACAGAACAAGGACCUUGAUGCUAAAGAACAGAUGAUUACAGCCUUGCCAGACAUAAAAACGUUAACGAUUGACCCUAUAAAAGACCAAUUUAUGGUCUUAGCCUGCGACGGAAUUUGGAAUUUCAUGUCUAGUCAGGAUGUGUGUGACUUCAUUGUACCCAGAUUGGCAGAAGGCAGGGAGAGGUUAUCUCAGAUUUGUGAAGAGAUGUUUGAUCACUGCUUAGCACCGAGUACAAUGGGUGAUGGGACCGGUUGCGACAAUAUGACUGCCAUAAUUGUACGGUUCAAGGACGGUGUCAUCACAGAAGCUGUACAGCACACAAACAGUGAGGGUGCCAAGAAACGGACAGCUGAGGAAGAGCCCAGCCUCGAAGAACAAAAGGAAUCCAAGAGGCAAAAAGUUGACGACCCACUAUCUAGUUCAGUGGUGACAUCUAGUGUUUAGACAUUUUUUUUCUUAAAUUAUAAAGACAAACAGUGUUCAAACCAUGCGUAGUAUUGUGAAAGUUUUGGUCGAGACUAUUAUUUUAAUUAUGAAUAAGUGGGACAUCGCUCACAAUGUGGGGUUUAUCAUGUUUAUUUUCAAAAAUUUGGGAUUACAGAAUGCGAUAUAUACUAAUCCCAUCUCUUGUCACGUUACAUAAAAAGUGGUUAUAAGGAUUCAAUACUUGCACUUUUAGAGAAUGGAGCUUGUUUCUGUCAAUAUCGAUGUUAGUCAUUAUAAAGAUCUGUUUUACAACUCAAUUUAUUAGUCGAGUAGAUGUUGUACUAGGAAAUAGGAAUUGUGCACAUAGCUUCAUGAAUCUAGAAAGUUUAGUGACAUUAGAUACAGAUUAGCAAUUCCGUAUUGUAUAAUCAUGCAAAUGAAAUAAUCAAAUGUUGAAUUGCAUUAUUCCUUAUCAAUUAAUUUCAUUUAAAUAUAGAAACAUCUGCGUUAUAUAGAGAUCGCAAAAAUUGUGAAGCUAUUAAAUGAGUUUUACAAAUACAAUGUUGUACUGCAGUAACAACUUUUUUUUUUGUAACGGUGACUAUUCAGUUUAAGUUUUUACUCCCAUUGACUUCAGAACUGACUUGAAUAAAGCAUGUAGUUUGUAAGCAGUUUUGUUUGUAAGUUAAUUAAGUUCACAUGCGACGCGGCUAUUGUAUCUGUGGUUUAUUUGCAUAACUGCUCACAUAGAACAUAUGUUUAGUAGAACUUAUUUGUUGUGACAAUGGCAGUAGAACAAAUAAGUAAGUGAAGUUUGCAUUGGAUAAGAGAUUCAUAUUGUUCUUUAUUGUCCGAUAUUACAAUUCACUAUCAUACAGACAUAUCUGUAGUCAAUAGACGGAUAUGAAUCAAAUCUAACCAAUCAUUUGUUUGUGAUACACUGGUAUAAUACAGAUAUUGAUGUAACAAUGUAUUGAGUGUGAUGGUCGUAAAAGAAUUAACUUGCGAAGGUUUUUUUUGUAAUCCAUUGAUUAUUUAUUUAAAGCGGCAUCUAAUUAAUGUACUGCAGGACUGAGAUACGCGUCGUUUGUGACUACCUCUAUUUCAUUAAUUAUUACAUUACCCUUGGUCUUAUUUAUAUGUAUAAUAUUGAGUGGACAAUUAUUUUAGGUAGCUAAAACAAGCAUUUUUGUUAUUUAGAUGUGAUUAGUGAUGGUAAGUCAUUUGUCUUAAUAAAAGGGAACUUAAAUUGGAUUAAAAACAUGUGCCAUUUUCAAUAAAUCAUAAGAUUUUGUAUCAUCACCCUGCUCGUUUACAUCACAUCUAAAUCAAAUGGCAUAUUAUCUGAUUAUUGCAGUGAGACAAAAAUUUGGUUUGGGAUCAUCAUAUGGUUAUUAGUUUGGAUUAAAAAGUGGAUGUUCAGUACCUACGGCAUAUAUUUUAACUCCACUCUGUAUUUAAAUGUUUAACAAUGUAGUAAAGGAAUUUGUAAUUUCACAUUGUUGUAAGUGAAAAAUGAGUUUUAGUUGCACUUCCUCUGGAAAGGCCGACCAGCCUUAAAACGAGUGCUAUAGUGCAAAGGACUCCCAUUUAUUGGAGUUCUAUAAAUGUUUGAAUUAUUAGGGCCUGUCAAUACCAGAUUAGUUGUGAGAAGGCCUGUGCUGUGAUAGGUGUCUUAUAAGGAAGCCGGACCUCCUUUAAAAAAAUUAAACGCAUCUACGUGUUUAAAUACGACAUUAGCACUUGUAUAUUCAUUAAUUUG